GGGCGGAGACGGUUCAGGCCGGCGGCCGGCGGGCCUCUCCCGCCCUGGGGUCCGCGCUCCCCUCUCCCCUCCCGCCUCCUCUCGCUCUGCCUCCCCAUUUAUUUUUUUCAAAUGCUGUGGCCGCCAGAGGUGCGGCGCUGAAUUCUUGGAAGGGGCCCGGAUGUGCUGAGGAUGCAUUACAAUUUCACUGAAGGAGGCAGUAGUGGAAAGGAUCAGUUUUUGGUGUUUGAUGCGAUAAUGGGAAUCAGGUAAUCAUCAGAAGGGAAGAAGAGCGACUGCAGAUCCACGGCUUCCUCGAAUUUUGCACGAAAGCCGCCGGCCUCGGAGGAGGGAUUAGUGCAGACCCGCUCGGGCGUGUUUGACAUUUCUUCCUCUUUGUGGCUUCUCCUUUUCAAACAAUUCUUGGUCCAUGGUCAAUGAAAACACGAGGAUGUACAUUCCGGAGGAAAACCACCAAGGUCCCAGCUAUGGGAGCCCGCGGCCGGCUCACGCCAACGUGAACGCCAACGCGGCCGCGGGGCUGGCACCUGAGCACGUGCCCUCGCCGGGGGCCGCCCUGUCCUGGCAGGCAGCCAUCGACGCGGCCCGGCAGGCCAAGCUGAUGGGCAGCACCGGCAACGCCACCAUCUCCACGGCGAGCUCCACGCAGCGCAAGCGGCAGCACUACGGGAAGCCCAAGAAGCAGGGCAGCGCCAUGGCCACGCGCCCGCCCCGGGCCCUGCUCUGCCUGACCCUCAGGAACCCCAUCCGGAGGGCGUGCAUCAGCAUCGUCGAGUGGAAGCCUUUUGAAAUCAUUAUUUUACUGACUAUUUUUGCCAACUGUGUGGCCUUAGCGAUCUAUAUUCCCUUUCCGGAGGACGACUCCAACGCCACCAACUCCAACCUGGAACGGGUGGAGUAUCUCUUUCUCAUCAUUUUUACUGUGGAAGCAUUUUUAAAAGUCAUAGCCUAUGGGCUCCUCUUUCACCCCAAUGCUUACCUCCGCAACGGCUGGAACUUGCUGGAUUUUAUCAUUGUGGUUGUCGGGCUUUUCAGUGCAAUCUUAGAGCAAGCGACCAAAGCCGACGGGGCCAACGCCCUGGGAGGGAAGGGAGCUGGAUUCGACGUGAAGGCGCUCCGGGCGUUCCGCGUGCUGCGGCCCCUGCGGCUGGUGUCCGGGGUCCCGAGCCUCCAGGUGGUUCUGAACUCCAUCAUCAAGGCCAUGGUGCCCCUGCUACACAUCGCCCUGCUUGUGCUCUUCGUCAUCAUCAUCUACGCCAUCAUCGGGCUGGAGCUCUUCAUGGGGAAGAUGCACAAGACCUGCUACAACCAGGAGGGCGUCGCAGAUGUCCCAGCAGAAGACGACCCCUCGCCCUGUGCCCUGGAGACGGGCCACGGGCGGCAGUGCCAGAACGGCACGGUGUGCAAGCCAGGCUGGGAUGGGCCCAAGCACGGCAUCACCAACUUCGACAACUUUGCGUUCGCCAUGCUCACCGUGUUCCAGUGCAUCACCAUGGAGGGCUGGACCGACGUCCUCUACUGGGUCAAUGAUGCCGUGGGAAGGGACUGGCCCUGGAUCUAUUUUGUUACACUAAUCAUCAUAGGGUCAUUUUUUGUACUUAACUUGGUUCUCGGUGUCCUUAGCGGAGAGUUUUCCAAAGAGAGGGAGAAGGCCAAGGCCCGGGGCGACUUCCAGAAGCUGCGGGAGAAGCAGCAGCUAGAGGAGGACCUGAAGGGCUACCUGGACUGGAUCACGCAGGCGGAGGACAUCGACCCUGAGAACGAGGACGAGGGCUUGGACGAGGAGAAACCCCGAAACAUGAGCAUGCCCACCAGUGAGACCGAGUCUGUCAACACUGAAAACGUGGCUGGAGGCGACAUCGAGGGAGAGAGCUGCGGGGCCAGGCUGGCCCACAGGAUCUCCAAGUCGAAGUUCAGCCGCUACUGGCGCCGGUGGAAUCGCUUCUGCAGGAGGAAGUGCCGCGCGGCCGUGAAGUCGAGCAUCUUCUACUGGCUUGUCAUCUUCCUGGUUUUCCUCAACACGCUCACCAUCGCCUCCGAGCACUAUAAUCAGCCCCACUGGCUCACGGAAGUUCAAGACACGGCCAACAAGGCCCUGCUGGCCCUGUUCACGGCGGAGAUGCUGCUCAAGAUGUACAGCCUGGGGCUGCAGGCCUACUUCGUGUCGCUCUUCAACCGCUUCGACUGCUUCAUCGUGUGCGGCGGCAUCCUGGAGACCAUCCUGGUGGAGGCCAAGAUCAUGUCGCCCCUGGGCAUCUCCGUGCUCAGAUGCGUGCGCCUCCUGAGGAUAUUUAAGAUCACGAGGUACUGGAACUCCCUGAGCAACCUGGUGGCGUCCCUGCUGAACUCUGUGCGCUCCAUCGCCUCCUUGCUGCUGCUUCUCUUCCUCUUCAUCAUCAUCUUCUCCCUCCUGGGCAUGCAGCUCUUCGGGGGGAAGUUCAACUUUGAUGAGAUGCAGACCCGGAGGAGUACGUUCGAUAACUUCCCCCAGUCCCUCCUCACCGUGUUUCAGAUCCUGACCGGGGAGGACUGGAAUUCGGUGAUGUAUGAUGGGAUCAUGGCUUAUGGCGGCCCCUCUUUUCCAGGGAUGUUAGUCUGUAUUUACUUCAUCAUCCUCUUCAUCUGUGGAAAUUAUAUCCUACUGAAUGUGUUCUUGGCCAUUGCCGUGGACAAUCUGGCUGACGCCGAGAGCCUCACCUCUGCCCAGAAGGAGGAGGAGGAAGAGAAGGAGAGGAAGAAGCUGGCCAGGACUGCCAGCCCAGAGAAGAAACAAGAGGUGAUGGAGAAGCCGGCCGUGGAGGAGACCAAGGAGGAGAAAAUCGAGCUGAAAUCCAUCACUGCGGAUGGAGAGUCCCCCCCUGCCACCAAGAUCAGCAUGGACGACCUCCAGCCCAACGAGAGUGAGGACAAGAGUUCCUACCCCAACCCGGAAACCACAGGAGAAGAGGAUGAGGAGGAGCCUGAGAUGCCUGUGGGCCCCCGCCCCCGCCCCCUCUCUGAGCUGCACCUGAAGGAGAAGGCGGUGCCCAUGCCAGAAGCCAGCGCCUUCUUCAUCUUCAGCCCAAGCAACAGGUUCCGUCUCCAGUGCCAUCGCAUCGUCAACGACUCCAUCUUCACCAACCUGAUCCUCUUCUUCAUCCUGCUCAGCAGCAUCUCGCUGGCUGCCGAGGACCCCGUCCAGCACACCUCCUUCAGGAACCACAUUCUGUUUUAUUUUGACAUUGUUUUCACUACCAUUUUCACCAUUGAAAUUGCCCUGAAGAUGACCGCCUACGGGGCCUUCCUGCACAAGGGUUCCUUCUGCCGCAACUACUUCAACAUCCUGGACCUGCUGGUGGUCAGCGUGUCCCUCAUCUCCUUCGGCAUCCAGUCCAGUGCCAUCAACGUGGUGAAGAUCUUGCGAGUCCUGAGGGUGCUCAGGCCCCUGAGGGCCAUCAACAGGGCCAAGGGGCUGAAGCACGUGGUGCAGUGCGUGUUCGUGGCCAUCCGCACCAUCGGGAACAUCGUGAUCGUCACCACGCUGCUCCAGUUCAUGUUCGCCUGCAUCGGGGUCCAGCUCUUCAAGGGCAAGCUCUACACCUGUUCGGACAGUUCCAAACAGACGGAGGCCGAGUGCAAGGGGAGCUACGUGACGUACAAGGACGGGGAGGUGGACCACCCCGUCGUCCAGCCGCGCAGCUGGGAGAACAGCAAGUUUGACUUCGACAACGUCCUGGCGGCUAUGAUGGCCCUCUUCACCGUCUCCACCUUCGAGGGGUGGCCAGAGCUGCUGUACCGCUCCAUCGACUCCCACACGGAGGACAAGGGCCCCAUUUACAACCACCGCGUGGAGAUCUCCGUCUUCUUCAUCAUCUACAUCAUCAUCAUCGCCUUCUUCAUGAUGAACAUCUUCGUGGGCUUUGUCAUCGUCACCUUCCAGGAGCAGGGGGAGCAGGAGUACAAGAACUGCGAGCUGGACAAGAACCAGCGGCAGUGCGUGGAGUACGCCCUCAAGGCCCGGCCCCUGCGGAGGUACAUCCCCAAGAACCAGCACCAGUACAAGGUGUGGUACGUGGUCAACUCCACCUACUUCGAGUACCUGAUGUUCGUCCUCAUCCUGCUCAACACCAUCUGCCUGGCCAUGCAGCACUACGGUCAGAGCUGCCUGUUCAAAAUCGCCAUGAACGUCCUCAACAUGCUCUUCACCGGCCUCUUCACGGUGGAGAUGAUUCUGAAGCUCAUCGCCUUCAAGCCCAAGGGCUACUUUAGUGACCCCUGGAAUGUCUUUGACUGCCUCAUCGUAAUUGGCAGCGUAAUUGACGUCAUUCUCAGUGAGACGAAUCACUAUUUCUGUGAUGCAUGGAACACAUUUGACGCCUUGAUUGUUGUGGGUAGCAUUGUUGAUAUAGCCAUCACCGAGGUAAACCCAGCUGAACAUACCCAAUGCUCUCCCUUUAUGAACGCGGAGGAGAACUCCCGCAUCUCCAUCACCUUCUUCCGCCUCUUCCGGGUCAUGCGUCUGGUCAAGCUGCUGAGCCGUGGGGAGGGCAUCCGGACGCUGCUGUGGACGUUCAUCAAGUCCUUCCAGGCCCUGCCCUACGUUGCCCUCCUGAUCGUGAUGCUGUUCUUCAUCUACGCCGUGAUCGGAAUGCAGGUGUUCGGGAAAAUCGCCCUGAAUGACACGACGGAGAUCAACAGGAACAACAACUUCCAGACCUUCCCGCAGGCCGUGCUGCUGCUGUUCAGAUGCGCCACCGGGGAGGCGUGGCAGGACAUCAUGCUGGCCUGCAUGCCAGGCAAGAAGUGCGCCCCCGAGUCGGAACCGGGCAGCAGCGCCGAGGGGGAGACGCCCUGCGGCAGCAGCUUCGCCGUCUUCUACUUCAUCAGCUUCUACAUGCUCUGCGCCUUCCUGAUCAUCAACCUCUUCGUAGCUGUCAUCAUGGACAAUUUUGACUACCUGACCAGGGACUGGUCCAUCCUGGGUCCCCACCACCUGGACGAGUUCAAGAGGAUCUGGGCGGAGUACGACCCCGAAGCCAAGGGUCGCAUCAAACACCUGGACGUGGUGACCUUGCUCCGGAGGAUUCAGCCCCCGCUGGGCUUUGGGAAGCUGUGCCCUCACCGCGUGGCUUGCAAACGCCUGGUCUCCAUGAACAUGCCCCUGAACAGCGACGGGACGGUCAUGUUCAACGCCACCCUGUUUGCCCUGGUCCGGACGGCCCUGAGGAUCAAAACGGAAGGGAACCUGGAACAGGCCAACGAGGAGCUGCGGGCCAUCAUCAAGAAGAUCUGGAAGCGGACCAGCAUGAAGCUGCUGGACCAGGUGGUGCCGCCGGCGGGAGAUGAUGAGGUCACGGUGGGCAAGUUUUACGCUACUUUCCUGAUCCAAGAGUACUUCCGGAAAUUCAAGAAGCGCAAAGAGCAGGGCCUGGUGGGCAAGCCCUCCCAGAGGAACGCCCUGUCCCUACAGGCUGGUCUGCGCACCCUGCAUGACCUCGGGCCCGAGAUCCGCCGGGCCAUCUCCGGAGACCUGACCGCCGAGGAGGAGCUGGACAAGGCCAUGAAGGAGGCUGUGUCCGCGGCCUCGGAAGACGACAUCUUCAGGAGAGCCGGCGGCCUUUUCGGCAACCACGUGGGCUACUCCCCCAGCGACAGCCGGAGCGCCUUCCCCCAGACCUUCACCACCCAGCGUCCUCUGCACAUCAGCAAGGCGGGCGCCAGCCAGGGCGACGCGGAGUCGCCCUCCCACGAGAAACUGGUGGACUCCACCUUCACCCCCAGCAGCUACUCGUCCAUGGGUUCCAACGCCAACAUCAACAACGCCAACAACACCGCCCUGGGCCGCUGCCCCUGCCCUGCCGGCCAGCCCGGUGCUGUCAGCGUCAGCACCGUGGAGGGCCGCGGGCCCCCCUUGUCCCCCGCUGUCCCGGUGCAGGGGGCCUCGUGGAGGCUCAGCUCCAAGAGGUGCCCCUCCCGGGACAGCCAGAUAGCCAUGGUGUGUCAGGACGAGGCCCCUCGGGAUGAGACGUGUGACCUGAGGAUGGAUGAGGACGCUGAGUACGGCAGCGAGCCCAGCCUGAUCUCCACGGAGAUGCUCUCCUACCAGGACGACGAGAAUCGGCAGCUGGCGCCGCCCGGGGAGGACAGGAGAGACAUCCGUCUCUCUCCGAAGAGGGGCUUCCUGCGCUCCGCCUCCCUAGGUCGAAGGGCCUCCUUCCACCUUGAGUGUCUGAAGCGACAGAAGAAUCCAGGGGGAGACAUCUCUCAGAAGACAGUCCUGCCCCUGCAUCUCGUUCACCAUCAGGCGCUGGCGGUGGCGGGCCUGAGCCCCCUCCUGCAGAGAAGCCAUCCCCCUGGCGCCCUCCCCCUGCCACAUGCCACGGCCCCUGCCACGCCCGGCCCAGCCUGGCCCCCGCGGCCUGUGCCCACCCUGCGGCUAGAGAGGGCCGAGUCCAGCGACAAGCUCACCAGCAGCUUCCCGUCCGUCCACUGCGGCCCCUGGGCCGGGGAGCCCACGCCCUGCGGGGCCAGCGGCGGCAUCCGGAGGGCGCGGCCCGCGUCCCUCACCGUGCCCAGCCCGGCGGGGCCCCGGGGCCGGCCCUUCCACGGCAGCGCCAGCAGCCUGGUGGAGGCGGUCUUGAUCUCAGAAGGACUGGGGCAGUUUGCUCAGGAUCCCAGGUUCCUCGAGGCCGCCACCCAGGAGCUGGCCGACGCCUGCGACAUGACCAUCGAGGAGAUGGAGAGCGCGGCCGACAACAUCCUCCGCGGCGGUGCCCGGCAGAGCCCCAACGGUACCCUGCUCCCGUGUGCAAACUGCAGGGACCCGGGGCCAGACCGAGAGCGGGGCGCGGAGGACGCGGCCUGGGCGCCCGGCCCCGAGCCCCGCCAGGGCGGAGAGGAGCCCCGGGACAGCAGGGCCUUCGCCAGCAGCCUGUAGCAGUCGGGCCGGAGGUGCCGGGUUUUUAUUUGUCUCCAUGUUCCUAAUGGGUCCGUUUCAGAAGUGCCUCACUGUUCUCGUGACCUGGAGUUAACCGGAACAGCGUC